UUACAGUUUUUACGUGAAUGCAAAAGUUGGGACUGUUUAAUAGUUUUUACAAGCGAUGUGAAGUUGGCUCAUUAAUAUUUAUUGUAACAUUUUAGCGCUUUAUUUACCGAUUAUGUGCUCGUUAUUUUGACGUCUGUGUGUUUGGACUCACUGUUACAAAGAUGGCGUUUAUUAAAGAGGAGAGUGAAGAUGUGAAGAUUGAAGAAACAUUGAGAGUUAAACAAGAAGAUACUGAGGAACAAACAGACCUCAUGUCGCUGAAAGAGGAGCACAUCAUACCAAAUGAAAUGGAAAAGAAAGAAAAAUAUGAGACUCAUCAUGAUUUUAUAACCGGAGAAGAAUCUUUCGGUUGGCCACAGAUUAAAGAGACUUUCUCACAGAAAACGGCUCAUAAAUCAGGAACUGAAAGUUAUUUCAACCCUUUUCACUGCGAAAAGAGUUUCAAUGAACAUGGAAACCUUAAAGUCCACAUGAAAGUUCACACUGGAGGGAAGCCUUUCACCUGCCAACAGUGUGGAGUCAGUUUCUCUCAUGAAGGAAACCUUUACAGGCACAUGAAAAUUCACCCUGGAGACAAGCCUUACAGCUGUCCUGAGUGUGGCAAGAGUUUUGAUCAUAAUGGAAGCCUUAAAGUGCACAUGAGAGUUCACACUGGAGAGAAACCAUACUCCUGUCUUCAGUGUGGAAAGAGUUUCUAUAAUCAGGGAAACCUUAUAGUGCACAUGAAAAUUCACACUGGAGAGAGUCCUUUUAUCUGUCAGCAAUGUGGAACAAGCUUCAUUCAUGAAGGAUUCCUUAAUAGACACAUGAAAAUUCACUCUGGAGAGAAGCAUAAAAUGUGUCAUCAAUGUGGAAAAAGUUUCAGUCGAAAAGGAAGCCUUAACAAACACAUGAGAAUUCACACCGGUGAAAAGCAUUACUUGUGCCAUGAGUGUGGAAAAAGUUUCAAUCGAAUAGGAACUCUGAACAGACACAUGACAAUUCACACUAGAGACAAACUUUAUACAUGCUGUCAGUGUGGAGAGAGUUUUGAGCUACACGAAAGCCUUAAAGCCCACAUUAGCGUGCACACUGGAGAGAGUCCCUUCACCUGCCAACAGUGUGGAAAAAGCUUUACUCAAAAAGGAAACCUUAAAAGGCACAUGAAAAAAUUACACUUCAUUUGUUAAACACAAACUUGAUAAAACACAUGAGGAUUAAAUUGAGAGAACUGUUUUAUGUCAUCAGUGUGGAAGGCGUUUCUUGGACCGGAAUCAUCUAAAAAUGUUAUGAUGUGUAGGAAGCUCAGAAGAGAAGACCAGGGGCCAGUUCAGGGGGCGAAUUCUUCCCAAUGGUCACUCUUUUGUGAUUUUCUCGGUUGCAUGAGCACAUCAUUUGGUCUCCAAUUUAUUUAUUUUUUUGCACUACGGUUUAACAUUCAAUCUGUUCCUUUACAUCAGUAGUAUUAUUUGUGAUUUUUAAUUUUGUGAACAGUAGUUCCUUUUUUUGAUAUUUUGUAAGCCAGACUUCAUGCACUUUUGCUUUCACUUUUGAAUUUGUGAUAUUGUUGUCACAUUUUAAAAGAAAAAUCGUUGUCACACAAAAGAUAAUGGUCUGUUUUGCUUAAUCUACACACCUUUCACUUUGUAAGACUAAAACAAAAUAUUGAUUCAUUGUUAUUCUUAAUUAAAAGCACAAAAACUAAAAUGAAUGAUGAGGCAUGGCAUACACCACAUGCUGUAUUAUAUCACUUUUCUACUGCAUGUCAUUAGUAGCGCCACCUCUACGGCCGCAACUCCUGAAAAACCUUUUCAUUCUGCCCCCUCAAGCUCCUGCUGGAUACACUUCUCUGCCAUCGACAAGAGGAAUUAAACAGACAAAUCGAAACGGACACUUUUUGGUUGUAAAAAAAAAAAGUGUGCUCAUUCAGAAAAGUUGUUCGAUCCUUCACUUGUCUGUGCUGAUUUAAAUCUAGUGGUUCUGUUGUUGUAUUUGUGCCGCAAGUUCAGUGACGCAGGUAGUGACUAUUCUCUCAGGCCAAUCCAUGAUCAGCGGAGUUUACACGUCAAGUUUUGGUAACGGUAUAGUUCACUUCGAACCUCAACCAAGGUGGUACUAAAAAAAAGUACCAGGUAC